AUGCAUUUGAUGUACACUUUGGGCCCUGAUGGCAAGCGUGUGUACACGCUAAAGAAGCUGACCGAGGAGGGCGAAAUCACCAAGUCUGCGCACCCUGCCAGAUUUUCUCCCGACGACAAGUACUCCAGACAGAGAGUGACGUUGAAAAAGAGAUUCGGCAUGAUCCCCAACUGA